AUGGCCAAGAACGCGGUGCAAACCGUCAGGGCGGCGCUGUGCCUGGUGCUCGCGCUCGCUGUGGCGAACUGCGCAUUGGCUGGUCGCGUCCUCGACGAGCAGGCUGCGGCUCCGCUGCUGGCUGACCCGCUGCCCUCCCCGACGGAUCCCCCAACAGACCCAGUGGUUGCGCCAGCGGCCGGCCCAGCCGCAGCCUCCGGCGCUGCGGGAGCAGCGAGUGCUGGUGCCGCCGCGACGGGCAACGCAGGAGCCGCCGGCGCGGGCGUGGGCGACCACCCGCUGACGUUCUUCAUGCACGACAUCCUCGGCGGCUCGCAGCCGUCGGGGCGCAUCGUGACCGGCGUGGUGGCGAGCGCGGCGGCCAACGGGCAGCUCCCGUUCGCGCGCCCCAACACCAACAUCUUCCCGAUCCAGGGCGCGAUGCCGCUGCCGCAGGGCGCCAGCAACCUCAUCAACAGCAACAACGUGCCCUACGUCGCGGGCCUCGGCGGCACGUCCUCCGCCGUCGUCCAGAACAACGGCAACCCCGGCAACGGCGGCAACAAGAACAUCCCCUUCGUCAACGCCGGGGACCUGCCGUCGGGCGUCACGCUCCAGAACCUCCUCUUCGGCACCACCACCGUCAUCGACGACGAGCUCACCGAGGGACACGAGCUCGGCGCGGGGGUCAUCGGCAGGGCGCAGGGCUUCUACGUCGCCAGCUCGCAGGACGGCACCAGCAAGACCAUUGUGCUCACCGCCAUGUUCGAGGGCCCCGAGGCACCGCAUGGCGGCGACACGCUCAGCUUCUUCGGGGUCCACCGCAUGGCCGCGCCGGAGUCCCACAUCGCCAUCAUCGGAGGCACCGGCAAGUACGAGCACGCCAAGGGCUUCGCUGCCAUCCAGACGCUGCACCCUGGCGACGAGCACACCACCGACGGCGUCGAGACUCUACUCCAGUUCAACGUUCACCUCAUUUAA